ACAUGAUCUGAACUUGAAUACAUCCUUGCAAUGCGCUCAUCGCAUUCCUUCUUCCACUACUACUACCACCACAGCGAUAACUAUGUCCACGACGACCAGACGCCUUUCUACACGACGCGGCUCGAUCUCCGCCAACGAUCCGUAUGGAAAAAAUGAAAACUACGCCGACACAGAGUCGACCAGCCGCCUGUCUAUAAUGCGGGUCAGUUCGACAGCUAUGCAGCUCAAGCAACCCCCAGCUCCUCGGCUCAGCUUCGCGUCAUCGUCGUUCAACCCUCCGUCGAGCCCUCGUCGCGCUUCGCUGUCUAUUAGCCACGCCCUGACCCCCGAGGAGCUCGUCCAGCUCGCACGUUCUCCAACAGAGAGUUCGCCCGCCAUGCAGCCCACCUUUACGCCGUUACCUGAUGACAUCCUUCUUCCAUUUAUUGAUCGCCCAGCUGAGGUGUCUGCACUUAUUUCCAGUCCACCUUCUGCUCGGCUGUUUGCCUUAUUACAGUUGACCUUUACUGGCACAAAGUCACAAUCUGCCGGAGAUCCGGCAAAAUGGUCGUACGCGCAACUCCAUGAUUGGCUCGUCAAAACUACCCGAGAAGAGGCAUCUGACACGCUCUGGGUUACCCACGCCCGGGCGUGUAUUCUGGCUCACUCCGAGCUUAUAUGGGAGCGUGUAAAGGGUGCCCUAGGCGUCCCGCCAGAGCUCGACAUCUCAGACGAUGAAGUCGAUACAUCUGACAUGGAAGAUGGAGGCAGAAAAGCAAAGGGUCAUUGGGAGGAUUGGGAUGCGGUCAUGGAAUCGCCCGUGAGUACAACACAGCGGCCUUCUGUCGAAAGACCGACACUUUCGCCUUCGUCUUCCCCUUUGCACAUUGAACCCAUUCUUUCAUCACCUACGACAAGCCCUUUCUAUCCUUCGCCUUCCAACAACAGCAUUGGCCUGGACGGAAUUAAGGAGGAGGAGGAGAGUGCUACGAGCACCACCCCAUCAGAAGAUGAGGAAUCUAUACUCCCGGCCCAAAUACACGGUCUUCGUAUCAGUACCACGCCAUCCCAGUCUACGUCUACGCCACUGGGUAUCAUGUCUUCGGCCUCGUCGCCUACUAUCUCUCGUCGUUCCAGUACCGGAACACGACGACCCAGUUUUGGCACUUCCACCAGUCCUCAUAGCCGGAGUCCGGUUCUCACAGGCAGACGCUCCAGGCCAUCAUCCAUAUCCUCCUUUUCCACCUUGAGUCUUGGACAGUAUCCAUCUAGUGUGGAAGAGCGUACAUCGCCUCUCUUCCCAAGCAGCUUUGCUGCACUCAAGUCGAAGGGGAAAGCAUCGAUGUAGGCAAUGAUGGUGGGUCGGCGGCUGAGAAAAAGUGUUCAAUGCAUAAGGCACGCAAAAGUGGCAUCUUUCUUUUGGUUUUGGGAUACGUGGAUCAUGAUUGUUGUAUGCGUAUAGUCACUGGCAAAUGUAAUAAUUCGACACAAGACGCUGAAGGUUCUUAGAGUAACCUUGACUUCCAUCGGACUUCGUUGGCGUGCUGAGCUCGCUGUGGUGAUCGGCUUCAUUGACUGUCGUUUCAACAAUUGUUCUAGCCCUACCUGCUUUCUUUAGAUCACCGUACAACUGCUAUUUUCAAGCUUGCGCUGUGUACGAAUUAUUCCAAGUUUAUUAACGGAAGCACCGUGAUUGUAACCACGUUACCGAUUGGUUAUAAUCUAGGAUCACGAUGUGGACUAGGCACAUAACAAAAGGGUCGCGAUCUCCGCA